UUUCGGCGCGAGUUGGAAUUUUGGAAGAUAAGUGCGUCAUAUAUGCCGACAUGCUGUGCAUACAGAUACCAUGGUCAUUUUGAGGAACUGGAGACGCAUGAAAAAUUUAAGAUGCAUUCUGGGAAAAGGGAAACUUCUCAGGUGGAACCACUUCUUUCAGAGAAGAAAUCACGCUGGACAACGCUGAGAGGUCGUGUUUGGAGCAUCAUUGAUUACAAGGUGCCUUCAAUAGCAGCUAAGUUGUAUAUGGCCCUGAUAUUUCUAAUGGUCCUCCUGUGCGUAUUCACACAAGCCCUCAGUACCAUGCCUGAGUUCCAGAGAGCUCUGACAAAAUUUAUCCACAUCGACAUGCAACACCGGCACACUUAUGGUUUGGUAAAGUUCUUGAAUUACUUCCAAAUCUUCCGAACAUUACGGAUGAUCCGCCUUGUCAGCAAUCUACGAGCCUCGCGAGUUCUGGUAUUUUCAAUUCGACAGAAUAUCAAAGACAUGAUGUUACUUGGACUAUUGCUAACGGUUGCUGUCAGUGUUACAGGUCACUUAAUAUACUUCAUGGAGGACCCCGAAACAAUUGGUUCAGUUCCUAAUGCUUGGUACUGGGCUGUUAUUACUCUUACUACAGUCGGGUAUGGAGACAUAUCUCCUGUAACAUGUCUUGGUAAGAUUCUCGCCUCCUUAAUGGCAAUAUCUGGAGUGCUACUGUUGGCCGUUACUGUGCCUACAUUUGUUAACAACUUUCUUACACUGUAUCAAUACGCCUGUCUGGAUGACUAUAUUGGAAGUAAGCUGUCUGCUGAACAAGGUCCUGAACAAAUCAACAGUCAGGUGGUCCGUAAAACGCUGACUAAGGACAAAUCCACAAUAAAUGAUAACCAGUAG